UAUAGGUGGUGAAAAGGCAGCUCCUACGGGAAGCAGUGGGAAACUAUUCCCGUGAGGUGAACAGCCACUGGGACCACCUGUACAAACCUCGGCCCAUAAAGGAGGUGCUCAGAUCUGGGAAGGAGAUGGAGGACAGUCUUCUGAGCAGAAACCGUAAACUCUUUGUCACCAAUCUGAGAUAUGGCAAGGCCCAUUUCCAGCAGCUCCGUGAAGAGCCCCAGCCUGGAGACCUGAUUGAGAUUUCCCGCAUCGGCUCCUCGCACUGGGCCCUCUAUGUGGGAGACGAUUAUGUGAUCCACCUGGCUCCCCCAGGGGAGGACUCUGAGGCUGGCGCCCCCACCGGCUUAGGGGUGGUGAAAAGGGAGCUCCUCCUGACAGUGGUAGCAAACUGCUCCUAUCAGGUGAACAACCACUUGGACCACCUGUACAAACCUCGGCCCAUAAAGGAGAUGCUCAGAUCUGCAGAGGAGGUGGUUGGUAAGGAGAUGGAGGACAGUGAUCUGAGCAGGAACUGUGAGCGCUUUGUCACCGAUCUGAGAUAUGGCAAGGCCUGCAGCCGGCAGUUUCUUGAAGAGCCCAAGCCGGGAGACCUGAUUGAGAUUUCCCGCAUCGGGUACGCCAACUGGGCCCUGUAUGUGGGCGAUGGUUAUGUGAUCCACCUGGCUCCCCCAGGGGAGAAGUCUGAGGCUGGCGGCCCCACCAGUUUAGGGGUCGUGAAAAGGGAGCUCCUCGUGGAAGUGUUGGAAAACUGCUCCUAUCAGGUCAACAACCACUUGGACCACCUGUACAAACCUCGGCCCAUAAAGGAGAUGCUCAGGUCUGCAGAGGAGGUGGUUGGUAAGGAGAUGGAGUACAGUGAUCUGAGCAGGAACAGUGAGCGCUUUGUCACGGACCUGAGAUAUGGCAAGGCCCACAGUUGGCAGUUUUGUGAAGAGCCCAAACCUGGGGAUCUGAUUGAGAUUUUACACAUCGGCUCCUCACACUGGGCCCUCUAUGUGGGCGAUGGUUAUGUGAUCCACCUGGCUCCCCCAGGGGAGAACUCUGAGGCUGGCGCCCCCACCAGUUUAGGGGUGGUGAAAAGGGAGCUCCUCCUGGAAGUAGUGGGAAACUGCUACUGUAAAGUCAACAACCACCUGGACCACCUGUACAAACCUCGGCCCAUAAAGGAGAUGCUCAGGUCUGCGGAGGAGGUGGUUGGUAAGGAGAUGGAGGACAGUGUUCUGAGCAGGAACAGUGAGCGCUUUGUCACCGAUUUGAGAUAUGGGAAGGCCCGCAGCCGGCAGUUUUGUGAAGAGCCCAAGCCUGGGGACCUGAUUGAGAUUCCCCGCAUCGGCUCCUCGCACUGGGCCCUCUAUGCGGGCGAUGGUUAUGUGAUCCACCUGGCUCCCCCAGGGGAGGACUCUGAGGCUGGCGCCCCCACCGGCUUAGGGGUGGUGAAAAGGGAGCUCCUCGUGGAAGUGGUGGAAAACUUCUUCUAUCAGGUCAACAACCACCUGGACCACCUGUACAAACCUCGGCCCAUAAAGCAGAUGCUCAUGUCUGCAAAGGAGAUGUUUGGUAUGGAGAUGGAGGACAGUGUUCUGAGCAGGAACUGUGAGCACUUUGUCACGGACCUGAGAUAUGGCAAGGCCUACAGCCGGCAGUUUCAUGAAGAGCCCAAGCCUGGAGACCUGAUUGAGAUUUCCCGCAUCGGCUCCUCACACUGGGCCCUCUAUGUGGGCGAUGGUUAUGUGAUCCACCUGGCUCCCCCAGGGGAGAACUCUGAGGCUGGCGCCCCCACCGGCUUAGGGGUGGUGAAAAGGGAGCUCCUUGCAGUAGCGUUGGAAAACUGCUCCUAUAAGGUGAACAACCACUUGGACCACCUGUACAAACCUCGGCCCAUACAUGAGAUGAUCAGAUCUGGGAAGGAGAUGGUUGGGAAGGAGAUGGAGGACAGUGAUCUGACCAGGAACAAUGAGCACUUCGUCACGGAUCUGCGAUACGGGAAGGCCAGCAGCCGGCAGCUGAACCACAGCACCUUCAGGGCUCACAGCCCCUGUGAUUGGGUGAUGGACAGCCUGGAUGGAGGAGAAUGA